GCUGAUGGCUCUGGGCUCCGUCUGGCUUCGCCUCGCCUGUCUGGAGAAGCCGCGCUGCUGUUCGACGACGGGCUGGUGACGGCGGGGCUCCCCCGUGAUCCGAGCGGUCGCAGUCGGCGUUGGAGGCACCAUGCAGAAAAGUGUGCGCUACAACGAGGGGCACGCCUUGUACCUCGGCGUGCUGGCUCGCAAAGAGGGCACCAGGCGCGGCUACCUGAGCAAGAAGACCACUGAGACGAGCCGCUGGCACGACAAAUGGUUCGCGCUGUUCCAGAACAUGCUCUUCUAUUUCGACAGCGAGCAAAGCACCCGGCCCGCCGGCAUGUACAUGCUGGAAGGCUGCACCUGCGAGAGGGCGCUAGCCCCAAAGGGCGCAUCCGCCGUCGGUGCUAAGGACUCGGCGCUGGACAAGCAGUAUUAUUUCACAGUCCUCUUUGGCCAUGAAGGGCAGAAGCCUCUUGAGCUCCGUUGUGAGGAGGAAGCAGAUGGAGAAGAGUGGGUAGAGGCUAUUCAGCAAGCCAGCUAUUCAGAUAUCCUGAUUGAGAGGGAAGUAUUAAUGCAAAAAUAUAUCCAUCUAGUUCAAAUUGUAGAGACAGAAAAGAUUUCAGCCAAUCAGUUACGCCAUCAGCUUGAAGAUCAAGACACAGAAAUUGAAAGGCUUAAAUCAGAGAUUGUAGCUCUCAAUAAAACAAAAGAACGAAUGCGACCAUAUCAAGGCAAUCAAGAAGAAGAAGAUCCAGAUAUUAAAAAGAUUAAAAAGGUACAGAGUUUCAUGCGUGGUUGGUUGUGUAGAAGAAAAUGGAAGACAAUCGUCCAAGAUUAUAUUUGCUCUCCACAUGCAGAAAGUAUGCGAAAAAGAAACCAGAUAGUUUUCAACAUGGUUGAGGCAGAAUCUGAAUAUGUGCAUCAGCUUUAUAUCCUUGUGAAUUGUUUUUUAAGGCCCUUAAGAAUGGCUGCAAGUUCAAAGAAGCCACCUAUUAGUCAUGAUGAUGUUAGUAGCAUCUUCCUCAACAGUGAAACUAUAAUGUUCCUUCAUGAAAUAUUUCAUCAAGGAUUAAAAGCAAGAAUAGCAAACUGGCCGACCUUAAUUUUAGCUGAUUUAUUUGAUAUUCUUCUGCCCAUGCUGAAUAUAUAUCAAGAAUUUGUUCGAAAUCACCAGUAUAGCCUACAGGUGCUUGCAAACUGCAAGCAGAACAGAGAUUUUGACAAACUCCUAAAGCAGUACGAAGCCAACUCUGCGUGUGAGGGCAGAAUGCUCGAGACAUUCCUUACAUACCCUAUGUUUCAGAUUCCUAGAUAUAUUAUCACUCUUCAUGAACUUCUAGCUCAUACACCGCAUGAACAUGUGGAAAGGAAGAGCCUUGAGUUUGCUAAAUCUAAGCUGGAAGAACUUUCAAGAAUAAUGCAUGAUGAAGUAAGUGAUACAGAAAAUAUACGGAAAAAUCUUGCAAUAGAAAGAAUGAUAGUAGAAGGUUGUGACAUAUUAUUGGACACCAGCCAAACUUUUAUACGGCAAGGAACACUUAUUCAAGUCCCAUCAGUUGAGAGGGGAAAACUUAGUAAAGUUCGCCUGGGAUCAUUGUCCUUGAAAAAAGAAGGCGAAAGGCAAUGUUUUUUAUUUACAAAGCACUUUUUAAUUUGUACAAGGAGCUCUGGAGGAAAGUUGCAUCUACUUAAGGCAGGAGGUGUCCUUUCGUUAAUAGAAUGCACGCUAAUUGAGGAAACUGAUAUGAAUGAUGAUGAAUCAAAAGGUUCUGGGCAAGUAUUUGGGCACCUUGACUUCAAGAUUGUGGUAGAUCCUGCAGAUGCAGCCCCAUUUACAGUGGUCCUUUUAGCCUCUUCACGGCAGGAAAAAGCAGCAUGGACCAGUGACAUUAGUCAGUGUGUUGACAACAUACGGUGCAAUGGUUUAAUGACAAUAGUAUUUGAAGAAAACUCCAAAGUCACUGUGCCGCAUAUGAUUAAAUCUGAUGCCCGUCUUCAUAAAGAUGACAUUGACAUCUGCUUCAGCAAAACACUGAACUCCUGCAAAGUGCCCCAGAUUCGUUAUGCAAGUGUUGAACGCCUUUUGGAAAGAUUAACAGACUUGAGAUUUCUCAGUAUUGAUUUUCUUAAUACUUUCCUACAUACUUACCGCAUAUUUACUAAUGCAGCAGUUGUACUGGAAAAACUGUCAGAUAUUUACAAACGGCCUUUUACCUCAAUUCCUUUCAGGUCUUUGGAACUGUUUUUUGCUACUAAUCAAAACAAUAGAGGAGAACAUAUGGCUGAUGCAAAGUCACCACAUCUUUGCCGCAAAUUCUCUUCCCCUCCACCUUUAUCUCUCUCAAGGACUUCCUCACCUGUCAGAACAAGAAAAUUAUCAUUAACUUCUCCACUAAAUUCAAGAAUAGGAGCAUUAGAUCUAUCUGCUUCUUCUGUUAGCAGUCCUACUUCAACAUACAGCCCUGGAACAUCACCACCCCCUCUGUCAUCUAAAGUACCACUGGACCUAAGCAAAAGCCCUUUGUCUCCAGACCAAAGCCCUGGUUUUGCAGAAGACAGUUCAGAAAAUCCACGUAGUGAGCUUUGCAACAAGCUACGAAGAAGCAUUCGAAGAGCAGGAGUUUUGGAAUCUGUACCAGUUGAUCAUCCUAUCCCAGAAAGUGCCUCACCAGUAGAUCCUCCUGAGCUCUCUCCAUGUAGAUCCCCUUCAACUCCACGACAUCUACGUUACCGGCAGGCAGGAGUACAGGUGACUGACAAUGGUCAUUGUCCCGUUUCUCCUGCUUCUGCUUUUGCUAUUGCUACAGCUGCAGCUGGUCAUGGAAGUCCACCAGGAUUUAAUAACUCCGAACGAACAUGUGAUAAGGAGUUCAUAAUACGUCGAGCAGCCACUAACCGUGUCCUGAAUGUCCUUCGCCACUGGGUGUCAAAACAUUCUCAGGAUUUUGAGUUAAAUAAUGAAUUGAAGAUGAGUGUUCUUAAUCUUCUAGAAGAAGUUUUGAGAGACCCUGACCUUUUGCCACAAGAAAGGAAAGCUACAGCAAAUAUCCUGAGGACACUUUCUCAGGAGGAUCAAGAUGACACACACUUAAAAAUAGAGGAUAUAAUGCAGAUGCUAGACUGUCCAAAACCAGAAUGCUUUGAAACACUAUCAGCCAUGGAACUUGCUGAACAAAUAACUCUCUUAGAUCACAUUGUUUUCAGAAGCAUACCUUAUGAAGAAUUUCUUGGGCAGGGUUGGAUGAAAUUGGAUAAAAAUGAAAGAACACCUUAUAUUAUGAAAACCAGCCAACAUUUUAACGAUAUGAGCAACCUUGUAGCAUCCCAAAUUAUGAAUUACACUGAUAUCAGUUCCCGUGCUAGUACCAUUGAGAAAUGGGUUGCGGUGGCGGAUAUCUGCCGAUGUAUGCACAACUACAAUGGCGUCCUUGAAAUCACAUCAGCCUUCAACAGAAGUGCAAUCUACAGACUAAAGAAAACCUGGGCAAAGAUUUCUAAACAAACUAAAGCUCUUAUGGAUAAACUUCAAAAGAUUGUGUCAUCUGAAGGAAGGUUUAAAAACCUCAGAGAAACACUCAAGAAUUGCAACCCCCCUUCUGUGCCAUAUCUUGGGAUGUACCUGACUGAUCUGGUAUUUAUUGAAGAAGGAACACCAAACUUCACUGAAGAAGGCCUUGUAAAUUUUUCUAAAAUGCGAAUGAUAUCACAUAUUAUCAGGGAAAUACGUCAGUUCCAACAGACUUCCUAUCGCAUAGAGCAUCAACAAAAGGUCACUCAGUACUUGCUGGACAAAAGACUCAUCAUAGAUGAGGACACAUUGUAUGAACUAUCCCUAAAACUUGAGCCCAGACUGCCAGCAUGAGAAUAUCAUUCUUCAGCUACCAAGAACUUAGUUUAAUGGAAAUAUUAUGCAUGACAUGCCUCUACAGAAUGCAAGGGGCAAAAGCUGAGAAAAAUUUAAGUUCCCUUCUCCAUUAAGGGAUGCAGAGUCUCACAGAGAUACUUUUUCAGUCACGGAGAAGCAACUGUUGGAGGCAUGAAGCCACAUGGCAGAGAUGUGAGUCAAGAAGUUGUUGCUUGACAGAAGUAGAGAUUUGGAAACAAAUAAAGGACUGAAGAAAAGGUGGGCAAUCACUCUACUGAGCCAGGCAAUGAGGCAGCAAAAUGAAAUAUGACUACUGUGUUUUGUUAGAGUUGAAUAAAUGAUGGCAGGUUACUGGAAGAAGAAAUCUUGUCUAACCUCCUUUGGAUGCAACCCAAUCCACAAAAAGCAGGCAUUAUUUAGGUAUUUUGACCAAAUUUGCACUUUAUCAAGCCAAUUGUAAAUGAAAGAGUAUUUGUAGAAGCAACAAUAUAAUAUGUAACAACGUUAUUUCCUCUGCAAUCCAUUCAGUACUGUCUGUGGGGUGAGAGAGGUAUCAAAA